AUGUUUGGCAUGCGAUUCGCCCCUGCAAAAUGUAAGAUGCUGCUACAGGACUGGACCACGUCAACCCCUAACUUAGUGAUAGGGAGUGAAGUGAUAGAACAUGUUGACCACUUCACCUACUUGGGAAGUUGUAUUAGCACCAACGGACUGAUUGGCGAUGAAAUCUCAGCACGGAUCCGAAAAGCUCGAGCUGCUUUCGCUGACUUACACCAUCUCUGGCGUAGGCGUGACAUCCGGUUAUCAACCAAGGGACGUGUGUACUGCUCAUCAGUUCGCUCCGUCCUUCUCUAUGGCUCUGAAACAUGGCCAAUACGCGUUGAAGACAUGAAAAGGUUGACUGCUUUCGAUCAUAGAUGUCUGCGAUCUCUGUCUCACGUUAGGUGGUUUCACAAGAUAAGUAAUGUUGACGUUAGGCGUAGAGUGUUGGGCAAAGAGGGAAAAUCAAUCGACGAGGCUAUAAAGUUACAUAGACUAAGAUGGCUAGGUCACGUGCUGCGCAUGCCUAACCACCGCCUCCCCCGACGGGCAUUGCUAGCUGAUAUAGGUUCAGGUUGGAAAAGAGCCAGUGGUGGCCAAACAAAAACAUGGCAUCAAUCCAUGAAAUCCUUGACAGUUAAACUGAGUCAGGUAGGGAGAUGCAGACUCCCGGGUUGGGGCCCUCGGGACUCUAGGAAUCAAUGGCUGGAGACAAUAGGUGACAUGGCUCAAAAUCGUUGUCAAUGGCGCAGAUGUAUUCAGUCUCUGUAAUCUUUCAUAUUCCUUUCUACCAUUACCCAUUCUGUUUCACUCUUAUAUUUGUCAAACUCUAUUAAUUCUCUUCACUCAUCUUCUUGUCUACCUCUGUGUG